UCUUUUCACACUUUCUUUCAAGACUUUCUUUCAAGAUUUUCGAAAAGUCCUCGCUCACUUGCACAAAUUGCUCAGUUGACUCUUACAAGACAUCGAUUUCUUACCGACCGGAACGUAUCAAUAUGAGGUUCACAAUCGCCCUGCCAUUCAUUACCUUAGUUCUCGGCAUCGCUGCCGAACCCAUCGUCCUCGACCGUGAGCCUACACUCGUUGAACGAGACGUGCCUACCAUCACCAAUAUCCUACUUGCGGUUGGAUCCGGGAUCUCUACACUUGACUCAGCUGUCAAUGCCUUCACUAGCGACUCUUCCACAAUUGAUAGCGAUUCUGCCGCUCUACAAGCUACCAUCGAGAGCGGAACAACAACCGUAACGGGGAGCGGUAAUCUCACCCUCAAUAAUGCAAUAACCUUAGCAGCCCCCGUAACCGCCUUGCAGGCUCUGGGCAAAUCACUCGUCAAAGAUCUGAUUGCGAUGAAAUCAGCAUUCGAAGCGAACGGACUUUGCCAAGAUAUCAACUCCCAAGUGACCGGCAUACAGACAGCCUCCCAGGCCCUCAUCAACGCCAUCGUCGCUCUGGUUCCUGCGGCUGCUCAAGCCCUUGCUGCUUCGUUGGCUGCCCCUUUUGAGGCAGCAUUAGCAGAGGGUGUCGCGGCUUUCGCCUCCAACAAUUGCACCAAUGCUAUAACCUCCUCGAGCUCCAGCACAACGUCCUCAAGCUCCACAACGUCCUCAAGCUCAACCACAUCCUCCUUGAUCUCCACCACAACGUCUUCAAGCUCCACCACAUCCUCCCCGCUCUCCAUCACAGCCUCCUCGAGCUCCACUACAUCCUACUCGAGUUCCAAUACAACUAGCUCAAGCACCAAGACAGGCCCCUCUCUAACCAGAUCAGGUGUGAAGUACACUAGCGUGACUCCUACAUGCACAUCAACCUCUCUAAACACGACAAAAUCCAGCACAGUCUCUGGCACUGGAGCCUUGACCAAGACGACAUCGUCAACGUUGGGGACGUAUACUGGUGCUGCCGAUCUCAACUACGCCACCAACUCCUUCGGUAUACUUGCCCUCGCCGCUGCUGCUCUGUUAUUGUAAGAAAAGGAUGGAAUGGCCCAAGCCAGAAACUUCUGUUCGUCAUGUGCGUUGGGAUUGCUGGGUCUAGGGUGUUUAUGUCCACAGUGGGUGGAUUUUCUGAUUCUUGGCCCGGGACUAAUAUUGAUGUCAUCGGGGGCUUAAUAGAUAAUUUAAU